AUGAAUGAAAUGAAAUCCCUCGUUAGUAAAAUAUUUGAAAAUUUAUUAUAUCAAAAUUAUGAAUACUUAGAUACAUUUACUAUGAGUGAAUUAAUUUCUUGUACAUCAGCUGGUUCAUUAACAAUUUAUUCAACGAUUGGAAUCACAACAUUUAAUUUUAUAUCACAAUUAUUUCUUUUAAUUGGAUGUUUUUUAAUAUUUUUCUAUCAUCUUGUUCUAUUUAAAAAUACUCAUCAUAUUUAUAAAAUUGUUUUCUGUCUUAUUUUAUUAUUAUUAUUAUUUAUUAUUAUAUUAAUUAAUAUUUUCUAUGGAUCUUAUGCAUUUAAUUUAAAUCGUCAAUAUAGACGUUUUUUUAGUUCAAUAUUUGGUUUUACAUUUGAUAUAUUUUCAAUAUAA